GUGAGGACAGAGCGAGCAGUGGAAAUCGCACUCGGCGAUCGGUUGUUUUGAUUUCGCUUUCUCUUCUGCUCCGGCGAAGUUGCUCAUCUCGUCUGGAGUGUUAAAAAAAGCACCGAUGUGGGAUGUCGCUUGUGAAUUAUUGUGAAACCAUGCGUCGGCCAGUUGAACACGCGGACUAGUGAAGAUCGUUGUGAAGAUGCUGGCGCCGUGACCAUGGAAGGAAUCUGUCUUUUUCAAACUGAUAAAGAACAACAUCCAGCGGGAAGACAACGACGCGAGCAACACAAAGACUCGUGAAAGAAAUGAUUCGUUGCUCUCUACUAUUGACAAGAAGGCUAAAAGAUUGGUAGCACAAGAUUUACAGAACAAUGGACGAAUCCCAUACCUGAGUCACAAAAGUGCUUGAUUAUUCCUCAUUACGUGAAGCGAGAACAAGCGAAUAUUGUUUCAUAUGUCAACAGAGCGCACUCCCAAAGUCCAAAAGCAUGCACGGUGUUAAGCGCGUGAUUGCGUUCUGCAUUCUCACCGCUAUUCUGCCGGCUUCGCUGAUCAUCCUGCCGCUGUACCUGCGGCACACGGUGUUUGCGGACGUCGUGUACCCGAUAGCCGAGUCAGACAUUAUAGAAAUUCGCGACGGAAUCUCGUCCGUGUUUUGCCAGAAGCACACGCUUCAGAUGAACAGCACGUUCAAUGCAUUCCAGCUGGACCACGAGCCGGAGGUGUCGAAGAACCGGAAGCACAUUCGGUUGAAAAAGUCUAUGUCGCUACCGGACGACACGCUGGAGUACUGGGGCUUCUAUCUGCUGAAGGGAGCCACGGUGGCGCUGAAGGUUUGCUCCAGAUACGACGGUUCCCGCAUCCUGGUGGUGAAGGGUGAACGUAACCUUCGGACGUGUGGGUUGCUCGAGCAUAACAGCAACAAAAUCGACAACUACCUCAACAAAGAACACGGCCAGGUGCUGGUUACCUUCGAGUCGGCCGCGGAGUACAUCAAUUCGAAAGAGAGGAAAGAUUCGACAGAUCUGCCGGCCGACGGGAAUCAUGGAGGAGAAGAUUUUACAGAAGAACGCACCGAAGAGAAGCUCCCCUUAGCGCACCGACCAAAGGUCCAUCCUCAAAACGAGAAGGAGCGGAUUAGAACAACCGGAGCACACCCGGCGUCAGAUACAUCCGGACGGUCCGCAUAUCAUUCGACGACGAAGCGCAUUGGACGUCCGGUAUCAGUAACGACGCGAAAUGUUGAACGAAUCGCCACUACAACCACCAGUACGACCACGACCAGCACGACAACGGAACCCACGCUUAGUACGACGGAAAAUCUGAUCAAAAAGUAUCGCAAUUUUCGGGCCACCGAAGCAGGGCCUGCCGACGACGGUUCGGCCGACAGUGGCAUGCACCGACGGCGCCACACUCACAACAAAACCGGCCACCGUCAGCAGCCCGAAACUGUGCCAGUGAACGAGCCGGAUCACAAUGGGGGUGAAGUUGUGGAACCGGACAGUAUCGGUCAGUCCGCAGAAACGCAUCAGAACCCGCAGAAAAAGCGCCGCCGCCGGAAACGGCGUGAUCUGGUUUACGAUCGCCGCAUCAAUCAUGGUGGUACAGCGGUGAAUUACUCGAACAACACCUCCGAUUCGGUUUCGAGCUUCGAGAACAGUCUGUUGUCGUGCUACGAUGGCGAUAUUCUGCUGGCGCACAGCUUCCCGCCGAGCAAAUCGUGCCAGAGUGUGCAGUACCUCGAGGGUGCAUCGCACACCGUCACCAAGCAUGAAGUUGUCUCGGACGGUUAUUAUUAUUACAUCUUUUACAGCGACAAUGACUACGUGCAGAACGACAUUCACGCCAUGUUCGACAUUUACAAGCCUACGUUCCAGUACUCGAACAUUUCCGACUCCAAGGGGUGUAUCAACAGCACGCACUGCUCCUUUCCCAUCAAAUUUUGGACCAGCGAACGAGUGAUCGUCGAAGUGCCAACACGGGACGGUAUUGAGCACGAGGAAGACGAUAUUACGCUGCUCGUUUCCACUUGCCACCCGCGGAUGGCAAUCUACAUCAUUUUUCCCGUCAGCGUGCUCUUUCUAGUGCUGACGUGCGCUUUUCUGUGAACGACGAUGAUUAUGCGCAUAGCUAAUUGAAGCUGUGCACCACCCUGUCGAGAGUGCACCGAGUCGGAAUGAUUUAUAGAGCGGUCUCUUGUAAUUGAUAAUGCUAGUGUGCCAUAAAACGCAGAAAGAUGGCCAAGUGCGCAACGAUCGUGCGUUACAUAGUGCAUGUAAUUAGUAGAUUAACCAUAUCGUCACAGAAAAUCCCAUGUAAGUUCGUGUUUCGAGCUCGGCCAAAUUCGCACCAUCCUGUUCUGACCGCCCAAGAGGGUCAGAAGAAUUCUCGAUCGUUUCAUAACUUAUCGGAUCACGACACUCGUAGUUGCGAGGAAAGUGUAUGGAUAUGUACGGGCUCAUCAGGUUUUAAGUCAGACAAUGGUUACGUUAGCUGUAAAGGUUUAACAUGCUCAAUGGCACAUGCUGUGAAUGGUCAGAAUGAAAACGAUUGAUUGAAAAUGAAUGAUUGAUUUUGUAAGUUAGGAAAUCUAAUGUUGGGCAAUGUGGCCUGCCUGAAAAAAAAAACAAAUCAUCAACAAAAUCCAACGUAGACAACUGUUGUUGCUCCAAAGUAGCGGAAAGAAGUACAACCAACUUUAGUUAGAUUGAAUGCUGCUUGCCCGGGCAUACGCCGGAACAGUCAAAACAAGAGGCAUCGGAAGGGCGUUCAUUAGAUUAUUAGUUAGUUUCGCAUUAGUGGAAGUUAGUAGGUUAGCUCAAUUGAAAUUUUAAUCUUAGUAUAUAUCUUUCAGGCAAAUAAUUACAAUUUUCUUGGCAAUACUUUGCCAUUUUGAGCAGCGUUUGGUUUAGCUUUUUAGUAUCGCGUGCAAUCGAUGUUUAGUUAUUAAUGUUUGUUAUUAUUAGCCUUAUGUUUUUAUCCUAUUCAACGUGCCGGGGAGAGUUUUGUUUCCACUUAAUGGUUGUGAUUUUGUGCGGCGGAUCCACCGUAGAUUUUAAUACUUUGUUUAGUCACCACGUUGGGCUCAUUUUAGUCUUCCGAGUCUUGGUAAUUGCAGUGCAAUAUGAAAAAAAUAUCAUAUCGGCCGAUUGUGAGCAUUAUACAACGGAGUUGGUUUAUGUUAGAAACAAGGAUACAAGCGGUGUAACAGCAUCCGAACGCUCAUCGAAAGUUACCUCAAAUCAGUGGAUGAAUAUUAAGCUUGAUAUCAACCCGAUCGCGCCUCAGCGUGCGCUCAAGGCAAAAGAAUAUCAUGUAGAGGAAGCCCGAUGAAGGGUCCCUUAUCACAUUGCUUCAAAUAGAAUGGUGUCAGUUUUGAAUUGUGAUAAAAACAACCAAUAGACAACAUAUAUUAUAAAAAAAUUAUUGCGCGUGUUUACCAGGUCAGUCGUAUAGUUAUUAAGAGGUUUUUGAGAGUUAUCGAAUGUAGAAGGAGAUUCCAGUCGAGUCGCGCGUGAAAUAAAUAUUAUUACUUCUGUUGAGAUGCGGUA